ACUAUAAAUAAAGUAGGCGGCAAUUUAUUUGAUUCAUGUAUCUAUCUAAUUUUAACAAAGUAUUGAUAUUUUCUUCCUUAAACUGGUUUUGUGGAUGUCGUCAGCCGUUGAUAGUCGAUUAUUAUUGGAAUACUAAGAAAGUUAAAACACAAUAAUUUGUCUCAUUUUUCACAAAAUUAUUAUCUAAUAAUGUCACACUAAUAAUGUGUUGUGUACAGACAGCUCAUUGUGUAUAGUACUCGACUACAAGUGACCGACUUAAUGUGUUGAGGUGUUUUUUUUUAUUUGUAUAUUUUAUUAUUUAUUAACGUAUUAAAAUGAGUGAUGGCAGAAAACGUUUAAGUGGAAGUGCUUAUAAAAAAGUUGCUAAAUUAAAAUUAGAAAAAGAACAAAAAGUCAUUUCUCAAACCGCAAAAUUAACUUCAUUUUUUGGUAAUCAACGACCAUCAAUCUCCAAUUCGCCAAAUGAAAUAGAGACUACAGCUGAACAGAUUUCAAAUGAGUCGAGUGAUAAAAAUGAGCCUAAUCUUCAGAGUCCUCUUGAAGCCCUAGCAAAUGAAAAUCAAAUAAUUAAAAAUUCGGAAAAACAAUUAAUAAAUACGUCUUCUAUUACACCAAGUGAACAUCCUCUACAUUGUACUUUUGAAACCAUGGAAAAUGAAAAUCAAUUAAUUGAAUAUUCGGAAUUAUUAAAUACGUCUUCUAUUAUUCCAAGUUCUGAUCCAGCUCUUUGGUCUAUUAAUGAAGAUUUAAUUAAUUAUGUAUGCUUUCAUGGUUUUACUCAAGAUUUAUCAAUAAUUAAUUUUUCUAAAUCUAAGAGAAGCUUUCUUAGAACGGUAAAAGGAAUAAAAAAAACAAUCAACAGGUCUUGUAAAAUUAGUUAUUUUCAAGGAACUUUAAAAAAUGGAGAGAAAUUUCGCAGAGAAUUUUUAGCGUAUUCUGAGACUAAAGGAGUUCUCUUUUGCUAUCCAUGUCUUUUAUUUUCCUGUAAAUCUUCAUUUGGUUCGACUGGAUUUUCUCUUUGGAAAAAAGCAGAUGAAAAAAUACAAGAACAUUUAAAUUCAUCAACUCAUCGGUCUAAUAUUUUGAAAAUGAAACUACGCGGGGUGACUCUUAAUCGCAUUGAUAGUGGUCGAGAGAGAACGACUUUAUUGGAUUCAAAUUUUGAAAAGAGUUGA